UAUAGUGUUGACAACGAAUUGGCUGAGGUGUUUCAAUACAAGCAGAUGGCCUUCGCCUCCGGGCUGCGAUUGCCCUCGAGGGUAGUCUACCGAUUUCUACAGGACAGACAACACGUUGGUUCAGACCACUAGACCCUAAAACGAUACAAGAAGAAGUGGUCAUGUCAAGGGAGGAGGAGAAGGUAGUAAUACGAGCAAUGAGGCCUGGCGACGUUGAGGCGGUGCUCGCGGGGCGUCGGGAGGUGAUGUGGAAAUUGGAAAAGGAGGAGAUAAUCAGCCAACUCUUCCUCUUCAUCCAUCACCCCUACUUUUUUAUGCUCGUCUUCCUCACCCCUCUUCUCCUAUAUUACUUUCUACAGAUGGGUGUGGGAGCGUGUUUGGUAAGUGGCACUGGGCUGGUGGUGGUGGUGGAGGGUUUUCGCUUCUUGCUCUUCUGGAGGAACUUCAGGGAUGGUUACGGUGCAAAGGAACCUGACAUACUUAACCUGGUGCACUACUACUCUCACACUCGAAGGUCGUUUUUGGUGGCUGUGGUGGAAGGGGAGGUGGCUGGCACUGUCGCUGUUCGUGAAACUGAUGACCCCAAUAUGGCCGAAUUGAGUAGGUUGGUUGUCCACCUAAAGUUCAGGAGGAGGGGCAUUGCUUUAAGACUUAUUCAGGCGUGUCACAGGGAGGCAGGCCGGCUUGACUACACUGCUGUCAUGCUACGAACUCCCCCCAACAACCGAGGCGCUCUCAAGUGCUACCAGAAGGCCGGAUACAUCCAGUACGGCAUAGAAAAUGUCACCCGAAUGUAUCCUCACAAGUUUGACUUGUUGAAACUUAUUUGGAAGAUUUAAACUACUAUAUUAUACACUAUGUCGGGGAGAUCCAGAAGAGAAGCAAUUGAAAGUGUUUGUUGUGCUUGAUGGUAGUGGCUAAAGGUUGUUCCUCUACUAUAACUGGAAUUAAUGAACUGAAGAUGAUUAUUAUAUUUAUAAGUUGUAAAUCGAGAAAUAAACGAAGAUAUUGGUUA